UUUAAAAUUUUGAAACAAAUCUUUUUUUUUCCUGAAAGCCAACAGCAGCUUGCAAUAUGAGCUGCUAUCACUGCAUCCUGAACUGAGCUGAGGCUCACAUCUCCAAGCAGAAAUGGCAGAUCUAGCUAAGAAAGGGUUAAAAGAUCAAAAUGGUCAAAGUUUAGUGGUUCGUGAAUUUCAGCUGAAAGAUAAACCAGAGGUGCAGCGGAUUUUUUAUGAAGGCUUGAUGGAGAUGGUACCAGACACUGCUUUCAGAGGUUUGAGGCAUCACCCUGAGAUUCUUCUGCUUUACACAGCAAUAACUGUUGUGUGUUUUGCCACCACAAAAUGUUCCUGGCUGAUAGGACUCCUCCCAGCCAUUGUGGUGUGUUUGCGCUACUUCUACAGUAGAUGUGUGAUCCAUGGUUACCUACGCCAAGCUAUGAGCUCAGAUAUGGGAGACAUUGAGGGUCAUUACAUGAAAACACCAGGCUCUCAUAUUUGGGUAGCAGAGCUGGAGGGUAAAGUUGUGGGUGCUGUUGCGGCAUUUUACCUUUCAGAUAAAACUGUGGAGCUUCGGAGGAUGUGUGUUGACCGGAGAUACCGGCGAUGUGGAAUUGGUGUUAUGCUGGGACAGAAAGUGCUUCAUUUUGCUGCCUCUCACAGCUACUCCUCUGUUGUCCUUGGGACCACAUCCUACACACCUGCAACACAUAAGCUCUACAAACGUCUGGGUUUCCACUGCAUCGCUGUCACGAAUGGCUACAUCACACCUGGUUCCACGCAGUCCUUCCUAGAACAGAUCUUCUACAGGGUUCGGCAUCAUUAUUACAUCUGCAACCUUCAACACUCGAAAGUCAACAUAGAUGGACAACAUUGACCUGUAUACAUAGCUAAUAUAAAAGCUAAAGUAAAAUAAUCUCUUAAGUGUUUACUUCUAUGCUUUUCUAAAAAGCAGCAGAAAGUUUGUGCAGUUGUUAAAAAACUGAAUCAUUAUUUAACAAGUUUAAGUCAAGUGAUGAUCUGUUUUUUACCUCAGUUUACCGCAAUUGAUUGCCUAAAGUGUCCUGAACGUUCAUUCAUACCUAUUAAUUUUAUUUUGAAAGUAAAUUCUAAAUGUAUGGAUAUUACUGUAAAAGUCAUAUUUGCUAUAGAGAAUUUGAUUUGCUUUUAAAGUUAAAAGUAUUU